GGAAGCAGUAGAAGAAGUCUGAGUUGGACUUCCUGUUUAGUUUUUCUCGUCGCAUGAGGUACAGUUUGGGAUAAAAGUUGUUUUUUUUCAUCUGGGAGGUUUGGUCGAAACCUGGACCCGGAGCGAACAGACUCGGAACCGGACCCCGCGAGGAUAGACCCAGAUACACACCCGGAUCCUGAGCAGACAUGGCUCGAAAUGCAGAGAAGGCCAUGACGGCCUUGGCUCGGUUCAGACAGGCCCAGUUAGAGGAGGGUAAAGUAAAGGAGAGGAGGCCUUUCCUGGCAUCAGAGUGCAGUGAACUCCCUAAAGCUGAAAAAUGGAGGAGACAAAUAAUCAGUGAAAUCUCAAAGAAAGUGGCUCAGAUCCAGAAUGCUGGUCUUGGAGAGUUCAGGAUUCGGGAUCUUAAUGAUGAGAUCAAUAAGCUACUGAGAGAGAAGGGUCACUGGGAAGUCCGAAUCAAAGAGCUUGGAGGACCUGACUAUGCACGUGUCGGUCCAAAGAUGUUGGACCAUGAGGGGAAGGAGGUCCCAGGAAACCGAGGGUACAAGUAUUUUGGAGCAGCCAGAGACCUGCCGGGAGUCCGAGAGCUCUUCGAGAAAGAGCCUGCCCCUGCGGUGAGGAAGACGAGGGCAGAGCUGAUGAAGGACGUUGAUGCAGAGUACUACGGUUACCGCGACGAAGACGAUGGUGUCCUACUGCCUCUGGAGGCACAGUACGAAAAACAAGCUGUGUUGGACGCGGUGCUGAAGUGGAGGACAGACAGAGAAUCUCGUCUGACCACAGAGGAGGAAGAGGAGAACAUCUACACCGUCCACAACGAAGAGCCUGAUGGCGAUGACAUUGGGGAGGAGGCUGAGGGAGAGGAGGGAGGAGUCGGCUUCAUCGCUCAUGUACCCGUUCCAUCACAGAAAGAGGUGGAGGAGGCUCUGGUUCGGAGGAAGAAGAUGGAGCUGUUGCAGCGUUACGCCAGUGAGACCCUUCAGGCUCAGAGUCAGGAAGCUCGGACCCUCCUCGGCCUGUAGGAGGGGGAGGGCCUUCUGUAUGGGGAGCCGGGGCCUCUGUUGUCAUGUACAUAAUGUGAUUUUUUAUUCCUGUGUUUGAUAAUAAAACUGGUUGAGCUCA